ACAAGGAGGCGUCGUGCAGGGCGGAAGUGGUCUGAGAGACCGGAAGUAGGUCUCGCGGGGGGCCGGCGGCGGCGGCGGGAUUGAUGGAAGAGAGAAUGUCCGGAGAAAGCGCGGUGAAUCCAGUGCCCGCAGCAUCAACCCGCACCACUUCCUUCAAAGGGGCGAGCCCAAGCUCCAAGUAUGUCAAGCUGAAUGUGGGAGGAGCUCUCUACUACACGACCAUGCAGACCCUGACCAAACAGGACACCAUGCUGAAGGCUAUGUUCAGUGGCCGGAUGGAGGUGUUGACGGACAGCGAAGGCUGGAUCCUAAUUGACCGCUGCGGGAAGCACUUUGGUGCAGUUCUGAACUACCUGCGUGAUGGUGCUGUGCCCCUGCCAGAGACUAACCGUGAAAUUGAGGAGUUGCUAGCUGAAGCGAAGUACUACUUGGUGCAGGGGCUGGUGGAGGAGUGUCAAGCUGCUCUUCAGCAGAAAGAAACUUAUGAACCUUUCUGUAAAGUUCCUGUGAUCACAUCCAACAAAGAGGAGCAGCGAUUGAUAGCAACUUCUAACAAGCCUGCAGUUAAGCUGUUGUACAACAGAAGCAACAACAAAUACUCAUACACCAGCAACUCGGAUGACAAUAUGCUGAAGAACAUUGAGCUGUUUGACAAGUUGUCGCUGCGUUUUAAUGGGAGAGUGCUCUUCAUAAAAGAUGUCCUUGGCGAUGAAAUCUGCUGCUGGUCCUUCUAUGGGCAGGGCCGAAAGAUCGCUGAGGUCUGCUGCACCUCCAUUGUGUACGCAACAGAGAAGAAACAGACCAAGGUUGAGUUCCCCGAAGCUCGAAUCUAUGAAGAGACCCUGAAUAUUUUACUGUACGAGACUCAGGAUGGGCGUGGGCCGGAUAACGCACUGUUAGAAGCGACUGGAGGAGCGGCAGGUCGAUCUCAUCACCUCGAGGAAGAGGAGGAGCGGGAUAGGAUUGAACGGGUUCGAAGGAUUCACAUCAAGCGGCCAGAUGACCGAUCACACCUCCAUCAGUGAGAGGAACUGCUCGGCGUCUGUCUGUCUGUCCAUAGGUCCUACUCUCGAACCCUUUUCUCCUUACUUUCCCCGGAGAAAGUGAUAGAGAAGAGACAACUUUAUCACAAAAUGAGGUUCCUAUAAUGUUUUAGAAUAGUGAAUAGAUUAACGUCAAUCGGUAAAACUCAGCCAUGCUGAAGAACUCAUGAUGUGCAGUACGUGGAGUGCUAAAGAAUGGACACGCUGCACAAUGUCUGGGUAUCCCGAUUACACGGUUAGACUCUAGCCUUACACAGCGCUGUAAUUAUUGAAGAGGCAAUGCACUUCUUAAAUUGUACAGAAUGUGUUCAACUAUUACUCUUCACAGAAAAUAUAACUGAACAGUUAAUUUAUUUUCAUUGUUUUUCCAAAAGUAACUCUUCCAAUCUUGUGGAGCAGAGAUCACAAUUGACUGAAAAUUGUGGAGAGGCACAGCAGGUUCAUCAGAAAGGAAGGAGUACUGUUCGUUGUGUGCUGAACAGUAUCCUGAUACCUGUCCUUCAGAAAGAUGCUGGUCCUGUUGUGUGUUUCCACCUUUGGGCACUGUUCCUUCAUAAAAAUAGCUUUUCUUUUUUGUUGAUAAAUUACAGAUAUCACUAAGCAAUGUUUAAUUUCCUUCCGUCCUAUCAAAGCAGAAUGAGGAUUUUUUUCAUGGAGUAGACUUGCCUUUUGUGUUUUAUACACUGACAUGGUAAUUUUUAAUGAGGAGGUUCUUCUCCCAGUUCUUGCAUUUCCUUGCAACCCAGAGAGCUGUAAUCAGUUGCUCUUCUUGCUAAGGUAUAGAUGAAACUAUAAUUGAUUUUCUCAGUUCAUUGAAGAUCAACGAAGAGGACUUUUUAAAAAAUAUUCUCCCCAAAGCCCACUCUCAAUUGACUUGUAGCACUCAACUCCCUUCCCACUGUUUCUCUCUGGCAUGUUCCAGUUUCAGAUUGUUGUCAUGUGUUAUGUCAGUUUGACUCCUGAGCUGCCACUUGGUCAUUAUUAGGCAGGUAUUUAUUGAGGUGUUUUUAAAUAGCAGUGAUUGAUGGAAGAGCUGAUUAUUAUCACAUGUGCAGAACGCGCAUGAGCUCAGAAUGUACUUGUGCUCUACAGUAUAAUCUCUUGGACUGUCUGGAUUUGUCUUGACAUGAAGAACAUGUGACCAUCAUUCACUGUAUACUGAUAUCAGGUGGAACAGCAGCUAUCUACAUCAUUUCUACUUUCAAAUGUGUGUUAGAUUUCUGACAAGCACACAGUAAGUUUCUCUUCCUGAUCAAAGCAGAUUACAGAACAAUGUAACUCUUUAAAUGAUUAUAUAUUUUGGCCCAAAGUUCAACAGUUGUUUAUGGCAUUGGCACUUAUAUUAAAUAUUCCCUUCCCUCACUGCACCCUGCUGCUCCCUACCCCACCUCACCACACUUCCCCAGACCCUUACAUUAAAUAUUCCCUUCCCUCACAGCACCCUGCUGCUCCCUACCCCACCUCACCACACAUUCCCCCAGACCCUUAAAUCUGGUUAUUUGCUUAAAGCUAGUGAUGCUGCUUUCAUAUAGAGCACAUCCUGCAAUUUGGAUGCUAUUGGUGUGGAGUUUUGAAGUUGGGUCAUGUGCUGUGAGGGUAUUGCCCACAUUGUGCUGAUGCAUUAGUGUGGGUGAUGCUGUGCCUACUCAUGUCAGAGGCAUUCUAUUGAAUCGGCCAGAGGAACUCAUCCCGGAGAUGAUGAAUAAGACAGCAAUGUUACCUGAGGGCGAACUAUUGAGGUGUGCAAGUUCCUUUCUUGAAUCCAUACCACAUCACUGCUCCCACAGCUCAGUUUGUAAAAUGUUAAAGCUUUUGUUUUGUUACUGCUGCCCAUGUACCAUAAUUAACCAGCAAAAGGAAAUCGGUUUCAGACUUGUCAUGUUGGCUUUUUAAAGAGCAGUGGAGUUUUACACUUUGACCAUUUGGACCAUGGGGCAAGAAGAAAUUACCCAGAAAAACAAUAGGUUGUAGAUUACCAAACCUGGAUUCUGUUGUAAAGAGCCUUUUGAAUUAGGUACAGUGAGGUUAUGCCCAUUCGUUCACUCAUUGAUGGUCCUUUAAGGUGAUGAAUCCAAAGUUUCUCAGGAGCAUUAAAAAUAAAAGUACAUUCCCACUGAAGCUGGAAAUCUGAAAUCGAAACAAAGUGCUGGAAAAACGUGGCAGUCUGGCAGCAUCUCUGCAGAGAGAAACAGUUAACAUCUCUAGGCCAAUAUGCCUCCUCUUCAGAGCUCUCACAACCCUUAUUUGUACAAAGUGCGAUAUCAGGGCAGAGAUAUGUGCACGUUAGUAUGAAUUUACCUCCUCUUUUAAGAACAUUGACUUUUAGAAUAAACUUUGUCCACAGUGCAACUCUGUCAAAUCCAGCUGAACAACCUUCAGGUUUACUGUCUGAUCUGGUUUCUAUCUGUUGCACUGUUUGUUGAACAUCAUUGUGAGGGGACAAAGGAGUUUAAAUUCACAUGAGCUCUGUAGUUAGUUACAAAGGGAUAAUGGCUUGUAUUGUUAUCCAGCAGUGUAUUAUAAGUUAUACUUUUUAAUGAAAGCAGUUAACUCAGUGAUGAUUUUACACAUAUUCACUGAUUCAGUAUUUUGAUAUGAAAUAGAGUUUAGUUUGUAAAAUGGAAGUACUUACCAACAAUAAUACCUAUUCUCCUCAAUCACUGGGGCCAGGGAUUUACUGUUACUUGAACACCAGCAUUUUAGCUCACUUCUCCUAAGAUGCAGAACGCAACUCUUUGGCAACAAAUUGCUAAAAAUACAGCAAGUUUAGCUACCUAUGUGGGACUGUUAAUCAAUCCAUCCAUCCUUCAUUGUUUGUAUAGCCACUGUGUUUGUGUCUUUCUUAAAAAAAGCCAGGAGUUUUUUCCCAGUUGCUUCAAUCCUAGCCCACUCCUCCUUGAGUCCUCGAGCAUUACGUUCCUAAUCAGGGAAAGUAGCACCCAUAUGUUAGCUUAAUUGGGACUUCUCAUUGAACGAAAAACAGACCUCAUGCCCAGUUUUUAUCUGACCUGAUAAUAGUGCUUUCUGUGGACUUAAUCGACUUCUGGCUACCAGUGAUUUUAAGAUUUAAACGCAACUCCUUGUAAUCGCUUUUUUUGUGCAGGAUUAUCUGCGCGGGGAAUGCUGUGAAUGUCAACCAUGACCACAUGCCCAGGUUGACACUUCAGUGUUGGCCUGAAGUAGUGUACUGCGUUCCCUUUCUGUUUCGGGGCCAUUAGAAACUGGAAUGGAAUGCCAGUCGGCUUAGUAAAUAUGAUCAAAUUAAUGGAAGUGUCGUAUAAAUAUUGCACCAUGGCUUUUACUUGUGAGUUUAAAACUAUAGUCAGAACACCCAUACCUAAAAUGACAAAAUAAUUUUACUGCCCAUUACUAAAAGAAAAUUGGAAAAUAUUUCCAGAUUGUCAGAUAACUACUUUUCUUUACCAUUUAAAUGUUAGGGUUGUGGGAGGACUUGUGUAGGUCACUGGUGCUUUGCUGCCUGAAUCCUUACUGUGUUUAAUUAAAUAUGUUGCUUCAGAAGGACUGAAUUGGGCAGCUCUAAAAGCUAAAUCUCUGGGAGUGGGGAGAGAUUGCAGCAUAGCUUUCUGUCUGAUUCUCAUCUGAAAUGCUUCAACUCAGCAGGUAACGCUGUACCUUUCUGUUAUUAAACCCCACUGCGGCAGCUCUUUGCAUCUUGAUUUGGACUAAACCAAGCCUUUAGAAAUAAAUUCAAACUGCAAUCUGAGAACUUAGAUGAAGGUCAUAUGGAUCAAUUUGUUGAAGCUUCUCUUUAUUUCUAUCUGCAUAAACCUCUGCUGUUAGUUGCCAGUGCAAUGUUCUGAAAUAUCGCAUCCAUAUUCGAGGGAUUGUAAUUGAUUUCGCUGCCAGUGACCAGCCAGUGCAUCCUUUAACUCUGUCAGGUUUGUUCUGGCGCAGGUUUCACUUCAGCUCUUGCAGUUUGCUCCUGAUGACUCUCAGUUUGAGCAUUACUGCGAAGCUGUAACUAUGCGUAACAUCUGAUUUUUUAAUUUGCAAAGUCUGUUGAUUAAGAAGACCCUACAUUAUCAACCACCACAAUCCUACUGAUGUUUGUAAAUAAUUAAUAAUGUCAAAUUUUGGUCACUGCCAUGCAAUGUUUCGAAGAAAAGCAGUGCAAGUUAUUCGGAAACAUAGUUGCAGUAGCUUAAAAAUAUGAUGACACAGUGGGCCACUGAGUAUCAGAGAGGGGAUAUAGACAGACAUUAAACACUGGGAGUGAAGUGCUGGACAUUUUGAUACAGGCGUCAAGUCCAGGUCGUCAGUUACUUUCAGGGAAAGAUGUGGCCUAACCAGCAAUCCCUAAAGGGACGCAGUCUCCUAAAACAAGAGUGAGGGGCUGCGUUGAGAUUAUUGGCAGCAGCCAGUCCUAUAGACUGAACAUUAGUGAUCAUGACAAGUCACCCAUUUCUUGUUUCUGUUCCACAUUGGGACACCCUCAUUUCCUCAGUUUGACAUCUAUGACUGAGUUGCCAUCAUCAUGUCACAAACUAUCAGUGACUAUCACACUGUCCCUGCCUUUGUUCAGGGUGCUGUGCAAUGUAUAACCCUGGUACCAAUGUCAUCUAUCCCUGAAGAAGUUCUAAGGAAAGUGGUUCAUCAGAGAUGCUUGAGAGAUUUUCAAAAGCUAAAGGCAAGAAUCUUCUGCAGAUGUUGCCACGAUGCAGUAUUUUGAAGGAUAUCAAUCAUGCUUAUGCAGAAUUUCUGAGCACAUUCUUUGCCUGCCCCCUGGAUUCCAUUCUUCACUCCGGUUCCAGUGGUAUCAUUUUGGUUAAUGGUUUAAUUUUAGCAAACAUUGUGAAAUUAGUCUUGGGUGCAGGGUACUAAAUGUAAUGGGUUUGGGAAGAUCCAUGUGUCUUUAAUAGGUGGUUGUACUCAGACUACUGAGUGACUGCCUUGGGUAGUGAAUAGAUAUACCUCAGUGCAAAGGGCAGUAAUCUCCUGAGGCACGUUGCUGAUGAACAAAGAGAGCUUCACUGUACAUUACGCAAUAUUGCAGGACUCCUAUUGACGUAAGUCUCGAAGCUUGAUAGAGCUUUGUUCUACAUCUAACUGUGGUGUAUCUGAUCUGGAACCAUUUGGAGUAUGCUUUAUUCCCAAAUACUAAUAUCUCUCCUUGUCAUGACCAAAACGUGUGUUAAGAAUCACUUGAACACAACUGAUUUCAAGGCAGUAUCACAGCAAUCUGAGGGUAGAAUUGCAUUUGUAAGCCCAGUCUCACCAGCACAGCUAUCUGUAAAGAAUUUUAAAUCCGUUUUCAACUGUGUUCGAUUAAUUGUCUAUUUUUUUUUCUUUUUGUUUAAAAUGAGUACCUAUUUAAUUUGAGUUACAUUCACAUAUUUGAACUGCCUUUGAAUCAAUGUCAUGAAAGCAUAUACUGUUGUAAUCCAUCUUUAUUUUUAUAAUAUCAGUGCAUUGUUGAAAAAAGUCUGUAUUUUGUACAGUUGUAAAACUCUGCCACUUUAUUUAGCUAAAUAAAAGGUAAAUAAAGCUUAAACUAUAUUUAUAAAAA